AUGCCACCCAAGCCGUCCGCCAAGGGAGCCAAGAAGGCCGCCAAGACCCAGAAGGUCUCCACCGGAACCAAGAAGCGCCAUCACAAGCGCAAGGAGUCCUACUCCGUCUACAUCUACCGUGUCCUCAAGCAGGUAACCCCUUGUUUCUCAUCUUCCUCCAACUCAAAAGUGUUCUCUUUCUAAAAGUCCACUUCUGCAGGUUCACCCCGACACCGGAGUCUCCUCCAAGGCCAUGUCGAUCAUGAACUCGUUCGUCAACGACGUCUUCGAGCGGAUCGGAGCCGAGGCGUCGCGUCUGGCCCAGUACAACAAGAGAUCGACGAUCUCUUCUCGCGAAAUCCAGACCGCCGUCCGACUCAUCCUGCCUGGAGAACUCGCCAAACACGCCGUCUCCGAAGGCACCAAGGCUGUAACCAAGUACACCUCCAGCAAGUAA